GGCUACCUGGUCACAGAGCCCUCACCAGCAACCCAUGAUGCGAUGUUGGCGCGCUGAAUUCUGGGUUCUUUUCUGUUCUCCCAACUCGAUUCGUUCUCAUCCUACUCCCCCGGCUGGAAAAAUGGCUGCUUCAGCGGCAGCGCAGGGCUCGAGUCCCGGUCUCUGCCCCAGCUUUGCGGUGGUCUGCUCGUUUCUGGAGCGCUACGGACCAGCCCUUGACCUUCCACAACUCACAUUCCCGCAGAUGGAGCGGUAUCUCCGGGAUACAUCGACAGUCCCCACGCCAUUGGUGGAAUUGCACAUCAAGCUGCUGAGGAAGCUUGGCAAGUCUGUUUCUGCAGACAAGUGGGAGAGGUACCUGGCUAAGGUAUGCCAGGACGUCAACAGUAGCUGGGCCUGGGAGCUGGAACGUAGAGGCUACCAGGAUAUGAGCAUGGAGUGCAAGACCAGCAUUCUCAAAUACCUGUGUGAAAUCCAGUUUGAUGACAACCUAAAGUUUAAGACAUUGGUGAACGAGGAGGAGGCAGAGGCAAUGCGUCUGCAGCCAGUGGGCAGGGACAAACAGGGCCUGAUGUACUGGCUGCAGACUGAUGUCCAACACAACAUCCGCCUGUACACAGAGGAACAGGAUGACUGGGACGGAUCCACCUGGAGAUGUAUUGUCCGAACACGGAACGACUUAGCUGAGGCUCUCGACCUCUUGAAGACUCAGCUGAACCCAGAACACAAGGGGAAAGAGGAAAGAGAAAUGGAGGGAAAUAAAGAGGUAGAAAGAGAGCAGGGAGGCUCCAGCUGCUCAAGACCUGCGGAGAGGUGGAGAAGAGGCCAGGAGGGCAAGGCAGGAGGAGAGCUAAAUGAAGAGGAUGCCAGAGAGAAGAGGAAUGACAAACGGACAGAAGAGGAUAAGAGAGAGCCCACUAGUAUGGAUGACAAAAUGUCGUCUUCAGCGGAGAAGGAAAAGCCAGCCAAGCUUGAACUGGCACACUCGGUGAAGGUAGAAAAAAUUGAAGUUGAGAUGAAGGGAAAAAAGGAGAAAGAAGAUGAAGAUAAACAGAGAGUAAAAAAUGGGGCGAGGUCAGAAGUGAUUGACAACAGAGUGAGCACAAUCACUGCACUUGUCAAAGAGGAACACCAAGCGCUUAACAACUCCCCUUGCAAUGCUGUCUCAGUCGUCAUGGAGUCCAUUUCAGCAACAACAAAACAGGAAGUCCCUCCUGUUAAGGAGGAAACCGAGCGUGCCCUGAGGACCGACCAGCAGGCCAAGAUACCGCUAAAGAAGAGAGAGCUCUUUGGCGCUAACCGUCACCAUAGCAACACACUUCACAACAACAAUGACAUGCAGAGCAACCAACACCACAACUGCCAUAGCAGCAGUGCUAGUAGUAGCAUCAUUGUCCGCAACCCAUCAGUAACACAAGCCAAGGAAGAGCAGGUGGAAGUCCCACUUGUGGAGGAGCUGACAAAUGGUGGGGCGCCCUUUAACGGGCUGGGAGGGGUCACAGGGGUUAUAGGUCAUGUUGGGGUUAUCUGCAGGCCGACCUCACAGCAAAAAAAUUGCAGAUCUCUCUUUAUAGAAAGAACAACACCAGGGGCAGAAGAGGGGGAGAAGCCCCGGGCUCCAGACAGGGAGAGGAGCAGGCAGUCAGUCCUGGUAAGGAAGAGCCCUGGCUGGGGAGAGAUCGGAGCCUCAACACCCCUUGAGUCUGGAGGACAGGAGAGGUCGGCCGGAGGAGACAAAGGAGUGAAAGAUUGUAACAAUAAAGGUGAGAAAGUGGGGGAGAGGUUAGAGGAAAAGGAUAUAGAGGAAGAAGGAGAUGAAGGAAAGAAAGGAAGGUUAGGUGGACUCCAGACUAAAGAGAGGAAUGACAACCCGAGAGAUAAAGAGAAAAGUCUGGGAUGCAAUGAAGAAGAGGAUGAAAAGAAAAAGAGUAAUUCAGCAGAGGAGCAUCAGUCAGAGAGCAACCAGACUUUAGAAGGAAAGAGGGACUUGGAAAUACAGAGAGAGGCUCUCCGUAAAGAGACAACGCCCCCAACCGUGGUGACAGGAGCUGGGCAUGGAGCAGGAGACAGGCUUGGUCCUCUCAAGGCCUCCUCUGAGCUGCAAAAAGAAGGGAUCAGGUUGAAGAUAAAGAUCCCUCCGCACCAGAGGAGGGAGAGUUCUGUGAGGGAGGAGGGGGAGAAGGGGGAGGAGCAGGGAGAUGGAAGGUCUCUGCGGAGAUCGGCUCGGAUCUGUAGACCCAACCCAAAGAAAGCGGAGAGCCAAGAUCCACUCCCAGGAGCCAGGGAGAAGGAAGAGGACAACACUACUCAGAGAACCGAGAAGAAAGCAGACCCCGAAGGACCCAGCAGGACUGUCAAAAGCAGAAGGAGACAACAGCGCAGUGCCACCUCUUCCAAUACUCAAGCAAAGAGACGCAAACCCAACAACGGAGGAGAGGAGAGGCCGGGGAGUGAUUGGGACUCGGAUAGCUCUAGCCAAUCAGUGGAGGCGCCUAAUGAAGAUCCCUGCAGCCACUGUGGACUUCCCAACCACCCAGAACUGAUUUUGCUGUGUGACUCAUGUGACAGUGGUUACCACACCGCCUGUCUCAGACCCCCUCUGAUGGUCAUACCUGACGGAGAAUGGUUCUGCCCACCCUGCCAACAUAAGCUGCUGUGUGAGAGACUGGAAGAACAGCUACAGACUCUGGACAGCGCUCUGAAAAAAAGAGACCGAGCAGAGAGAAGGAGGGAGCGCCUGGUGUAUGUAGGAAUCAGUGUGGAGAACAUCAUUCCUGAAGGGGAGGAAGAAGAGGAAAAACCAGAGAAGAAGAAAGAUUCCAAAAAGACAAAAACCUUGGGAAGGAGGUCUACCAGAACCAGGAAGUGUAUCAGCUACAGUGUGUCUGUCUGUUCCAGGUUUGAUGACUUUGAUGACGCCAUUGAUGAAGCAAUAGAAGAAGAUGUCCGAGAUGCAGAUGGAGGAGGAGUGGGGCGAGGCAAGGACAUGGCCACCAUCCUAUCAGAGGAGGGGAAGGAAAAACGGCAACCAAUCUUGGCCCAAGCCCCUCCCACCAGGAGCAGGAAGAGGAGGAGACUUAACGAUCUGGAGAGCGACAGCACGGCCGCUGAGAGCGAGGAGGAGUUUCAGCUGAGCGCCAGUACGGAGGAGGAGGAGUUUGUAGCGUCAGGUGAAGAGGAAGCAGCCAGUGAUGUGGACAGCUUUGGCAGUGGGCCGGACUUGGUAAGACAGUCAACACGAGCGCAGAGACGGGCUCCUAAACACAGAAACACCAGGACCUCCAGGACAGCAGCAGCAAAGAGCAGAAAACGCCCACGCAGACAGAGGAGAGGAUGGGGAGAGGAGGAGAGUGAAGAGGAGGAGGAGGAGGAGGAGGAGGAAAUGGAGACCAGUGAUUUGAGUGACAGCGACAGGGACCAAAAGAGGUGUGGUUUAAGGCGGAGCCGGAAGCGGGAGGUGAACUACUGUGAGACGUCCGAGUCGGAGAGUUCCCAGGCAACGACCAAUAAGGACAAAGCCCGUCGUCGUCUCUCUAGCUCAAACAGUGAUGAAUCCUCCCAUUCUAGAGAGUCUGAGGAGGAAGAGGAAGAAGAGAAAAGAAUGGGAAAGAGGCGGAGGAAAGAGGUGGAGGAGAAGAGAACAGGGGAGAAGAAAAGGAAAAGAGAGGACAGAGGAGAGAAGAUGGGCAGAGGGAAGCGGAGAGAGGUGUUGAUAGAACAGCGGGCGAAACGUCUAGCGUUGAUGCUUAAGAAACGCAGACCCUCCACUGAGGAGGAGGAGGAGGAGGAUGAAGCUAAAUCCGAGUCGUCAUCUGAGGAAGAUCGUCCUGUCCGCAAACGGCUGAACCGCAUCGAUUCAGAUGAAGAGGAAGAAAACGAGAAGGAAGAAGAGGAGGAAAAAGAGGUGAAAAAGUUGAGAAAGCCUUUUUCAAAAGAGAAGAGAUCAACUAGUCCUAACGGACCGCAGCCCUGUAAGGGCCCAGCAAAGCUGGGGAAUGAUGUCACAGCCAUACCUAGAGACAGAGCAGUCAGAGCUGGGCAGAACAGGUCCAACAGCCCCCUGCCUCCAGACAUGACGGAGUCAUGAUGACCUGAAGAAAAACAUCGUUGUUUUUUUUUUACAUUCUUGCCUUUCACCAAUGACCUUUUAACUAGCUCUCUCAUUACCUCAUCAUCCUUCCUUCCCUCUCUUUCCCAUCCUCCCUCUGAACGGGAUGAAACUACUAGACCAAACGCCUUUGUACCACCCAUACACAUACAGACAAGACACCACCAGAGGGUGAAGGACUGCUCUUACCUCAACCAGACAGACAUCCUCCUCAGUGGUUUUCCUUGUUUGAAAGCACUUAACUUUAAUUUCAAGCAGUUUUAAAGCCUUUCGUGUUUUCGUCAAAGCAGUUUAGACAGAACUUUGGAUGUCUGAUGGACUCCACAGGCUGAAUGGACUGUAUACAUAGAGAUUCUCACUGUUCUCAGCUGCUGUUUCCUGUCUCUUUUCUGUCUCCCUGUAAAAUAGUGUUAUAUAUACACCCAUGAUGGAGAGAGCGAUUGACCUGGAACAUUUUAUUAACUAAUAGAAGAUUGGGUUGGAUGUCUUAAAUCAAUGGAAGAGCUGCUGCUGUUGUUCUGCUGUGAAUUCUGAAGGGGGUCAUACAGGCUGACUGAUCUCAAAUGGCAUAUGUGACUGGUUACAAUUCUCACCGUUUCUGGAAAAGUUACAGAUACAACUUUUGAACACUGAGGGGCACAUAUACACUGAAACUAAAUAACUAGCUAUGUUCAGUAAAUAUAUUUGCUGGUGGAUUUUUUUUAUUUGUUUUUAAAUGACACUUAGUUGAAGUUCUCUUCUCCUCAGUCAGUGAGGACUGAAUUAUUUCACCAGUAGUCUACAACUCUACCAGUCUAGACAUUCUACAUCCUACUGUUUUUUGAGAAGACCGGGUCAUAUUCAAUGGGCACCAAACAGAAGAUAAAGGACUGAAACAGUCUUGGACUUCCUGAACUUGUAAUAUGCUAUCCUUAAUGAAUAUGGUUCCAGGUGUGAAUCCUGCAUCUGUCCCCUCAGUCCACCCUCUUUUCUGCUGUCAUGAGAGUUCCACACAGUCACAAGGUUCAGACUGAACCGCUUGUAAAGUCACUCAUUUUAGCCCACUGUUAUUAUGGCGGUUCUCUUCCCAAAAAUAUCCAAUCUUUCAAAAAUGUUGAUUCUGAAAAAAGGCAUCACCCUGUUAUUCAUCCAUAAUGUGUACAGUAUGUUUAUAGUUGAUGCUGUAACAUAGGUGUUUUAUAAGUUAUUAAAAACCAAUAUUAAAGCAUCUCACAAAUGCA